AUGAAAUCUUCAAUUGCAGCUCUUAUCGGAGGUGCCUCUACUGCCCUUGCAGCCGUCAGGGGGUUCAACUAUGCCGCUCAGGAGCAGACUCGUUCUGCCUUUGAGGCCUCAUUCAGGACGGCCGCAGCACUAGAAGGAACCGAAGAUUAUACUAGUGCAAGAUUGUACACUAUGAUUCAAGAGGGUACUACAAAUACCCCUAUCGAGGCUAUUCCAGCUGCAAUCGAUACCCAAACCACCCUCCUUCUGGGAUUGUGGACAUCUUCACCCCAAAGCACUUUCGAUAACGAAAUCGUCGCACUCAAAUCUGCAAUCUCUCAGUACGGCUCUGCCUUCGCCGAUUUGGUUGUUGGUAUCUCGGUUGGUAGCGAGGAUCUUUACCGAAUCUCAGCGACUGGCAUUGCCAAUGAUCCUUUGGGUGUAGGACAAACACCAGACGUCCUCGUCAAUUACAUCGGUCAAGUCCGAAAGGCUAUCGAGGGAACGUCCUUGAGCGGCAAGCCUAUCGGUCAUGUCGACACCUGGAACGCUUUCCUCAACAGUUCGAAUUCAGCAGUCAUCGCUGCCUGCGACUUCCUCGGUCUCGACGAAUACCCCUAUUUCCAAACCACCGACCCAAACAGCAUCGAGAACGGAAAAGAGCUCUUUUUCGAGGCAUAUGACAAGGUGCAAGCUGUUGCUCCAGGCAAACAAAUUUGGGUCACUGAGGCUGGAUGGCCAACGGUUGGUGCAAAGUCUGGUGAUGCUGUUGCCAGCAUUGAAAACGCUGAGAUCUUUUGGCAAGAUGUUGCUUGCGAGCUAGAGGAUCGAAACAUUGACUUUUGGUGGUACAUCCUCGAAGAUACUGGUGCCAAUCCUUCUUUCGGUGUCAGCCAGGGUGGCAAGCCGCUCUACAACCUUGCCUGCAAUGCUACUUCCAGCAGCAAUUCUACUUCAAGCCAUUCAACCACCGGCGGCAACUCGACCAGCACUGGUUCAAGCACCAAUUCCACCUCAUCCGGCUACCACAACGGUACUGCCUCCACUUCAAGCACCACACGGGCUACUGGAACUGGCAUCUCCGCCUCUUCUUCUGCAUCUGCUACCUCUGGCUCAGGUUCUGGAUCUGGUAGCUCAGGCUCGUCCGCCACUCGUUCUGGCAGUGCUUCAUCUCCUAGCGUCUCCAGCUACAUCAGUGGUGCCGGAAAGGUUGAGGGAACAAUCUUCAGUCUUAUCGUCGCUGCCAUCAUGGCUGCACUGGCUUUGUAA